AUCUUUUCCUCCCCCCUCCUCCUUUAGGAAUGACAGAGUGAGUAAUAAAAAGGAAAAAGUUCUCAGACAACUGCAGACCAGUGCGAGAUUCAGACGUCACCAUGCCUGAGCCCAAAGCUAAAGAAAAGAAAGCUCCUGCAGCGCAAAGUGCCCCAGAAACUGAACCUGAUGACACAGAUGGAGAACAUGAGAAGACUGAGCUGACUGGUCUUUUUGUGGAGAAGCCAGUAGAUACAGUGGUCAUUACAGGGAAGGAUUAUGUGUUUAUAGCUAAGGUUGAUUCCUCCACUCUCACCAGGAAGCCCACUAUGAAGUGGUUGAAGGGAAAGUGGCUUGAUCUCGGCAGUAAAGCAGGAAAACACCUGCAGUUUAAAGAGACAUAUGACAGGAACACCAAGGUGUAUACAUAUGAGAUGAAGUUAGUGAAAGUGAAGGCGAUUGAUGCAGGAGCUUACAGGUGUGAAGUGACAGCAAAAGAUAAAUGUGACAGCUGUACCUUUCAGAUCUCUGUGGAAACUUCUGAAGAAGAUCAACCUAAGGACAUUCUAUCUGCCUUCAAAAGAGCUGAUGCGGGUGAGGAUGAAGGAGAGUUGGACUUCAGCGCUCUGCUCAAAGCCACUAAAAAGCCUACGAAGGUGCAGCCAGAGAUAGAUGAGAAUGAGAUCUGGGAGAUCCUGAAGAACGCUCACCCGAGUGAAUAUGAGAAACUUGCUUUUCAGUACGGAAUCACGGAUCUCAGAGGAAUGUUGAAACGCUUGAAGAAGAUGAAACCUGUGGAGCAGAAACACUGUGAAGCAUUCCUGAAGCGUUUGGAAGAAUGGUACUCUGUAAUGAAGGGGAAGAAGGUUGUGCUUCGUGUGGAGGUUGCAGAUCCCAAUUCUGAAGUGAAAUGGCUCCGAAAUGGCCAAGAAAUCAAACCAUCAGCCAAGUACAUUAUGGAGGCCAAUGGGAAUGUCCGCACUCUUACCAUAAAUAAGUGCACCUUGGCUGAUGAUGCAGCUUAUGAGUGUGUGAUUGGAGAAGAUAAAUGUUUCACAGAGAUCUACGUCAAAGAGCCACCGGUUACAAUUACAAAGCUGCUGGAUGACUAUCAAGUGGUGGUUGGAGAAAGGGUGGAGUUUGAGGUAGAGGUUUCAGAGGAAGGAGCACAAGUCAUUUGGUGCUAUGAGGAAGAGGAGUUAAGCCGUGAUGAAAGUCGGCACUAUCGCUUUAAGAAAGAUGGAGUACGCCACACAUUGAUAAUUCAGGAGGCCACACUGGAGGAUACAGGAAUGUACCACGCUUACACCACUGGGGGUCACACCAAAGGGGAGCUCAUUGUGGAGGAGAAGGAGUUGGAGAUAUUACAGAGUAUAGCUGAUCUAACAGUGAAGUCAGCAGAACAGGCCAUGUUUAAGUGUGAGGUCUCAGAUGAGAAGGUGACAGGAAAGUGGUUCAAAGAUGGAGUGGAAGUUCUGCCAAGUGACCGCAUUAAAAUUACACACAUUGGCCGCAUCCAUCGUUUGACUAUAGAUGAUGUGAAGCCGAAUGAUGCUGGUGAUUAUACGUUUGUUCCUGAAGGAUACGCUCUGUCCAUUUCUGCCAAACUCAACUUCCUGGAGAUAAAGAUUGACUAUGUGCCAAGACAAGAUCCUCCUAAGAUCCAUCUCGAUGUGUCUGGUAACGUGGUCUCCCAGAAUACAAUCAUCGUUGUUGCUGGCAACAAGCUCCGCCUUGAUGUUGAGAUAACAGGAGAGCCCGCCCCUACUGUGUGCUGGAAGAAGGGGGAUGAACAACUCACAACAACAGAAGGACGUGUCAGGGUGGAGACGAGGACAGGCCUGAGCUCCUUUGUUAUUGAGGGGGCAGAGCGUUCUGAUGAAGGCAAUUACAGCAUCACUGUGACUAAUCCAGUGGGAGAAGAUAAAGCUAAUCUGUUCGUCAAAAUAGUGGAUGUUCCUGAUCCUCCUGAGCAUGUGAAGUGUAUUGGAGUGGGAGAAGACUGUGCUACUAUAACCUGGGAGGUGCCCAAAUUUGAUGGAGGAGCACCAAUUAAGGGUUAUCUGAUGGAGAGGAAGAAGAAAGGAUCAUCUCGAUGGACUAAGCUGAACUUUGAUGUGUAUGAGAACACAAAAUAUGAAGCAAAGAGAAUGAUUGAGGGAAUUCUAUAUGAGAUGCGAGUUUAUGCUGUUAACGGUAUUGGAGUCUCAGCACCAAGUCUCAGCUCCAAACCUUUCAUGCCAAUUGCUCCUACUAGUGAGCCCACAAAGUUAACAGUUGAAGAUGUGAGUGACACAACCUGCUCUCUGAAGUGGCUGGCUCCAGAAAGAAUUGGUGCUGGUGGUUUAGAUGGAUAUGUCAUUGAGUUCUGCAAAGAAGGAGAUACGGAGUGGCAGGUGGCAAACACUGAGUUGGUGACUCGUCAGAACUAUGUGGUGAAGAAUUUACCAACAGGAGAGAAGAUGAAUUUCCGAGUCGCAGCUGUAAAUAUUGCAGGCCGAAGCCCUCCUGCCUAUCUUGCCCAGCCUGUCACAGUCAGGGAGAUCAUGGAGCAUCCUAAAAUCCGUCUUCCUCGCAACCUGAGAACCAAAUAUAUCAAGAAAGUGGGAGAAACCAUCAACCUGGUCAUUCCUUUCCAGGGAAAACCUCGCCCUGUGGCUCAGUGGUUGAAGGAUGGAGAACCAAUCGAUCCGAAGAAAGUGGGAGUUAGAAAUUCAAAUGUUGACUCAGUGUUGUUUAUCCGCACAGCAGAAAGAGAACAUUCUGGAAAAUACACACUAGUUCUGCAAAUUGAGAGCAUGGAAGACCGCGCCACCCUCGACAUCCGGGUUGUGGAUAAGCCAGGGCCACCAACAGCCGUAAAAGUGACUGAUGUUUGGGGUUUUAAUGCGGCACUGGAGUGGAAGCCACCAAAAGAUGAUGGAAACUGUGAGAUCCUUGGCUACACUAUCCAGAAAGCUGAUAUGAAAACCAAGGAGUGGUUCACGGUGUAUGAGCACAACCGCCGCACCAACUGUACAGUGUCAGACCUGGUGAUGGGGAACCAGUACAUGUUCCGUGUGUUCAGUGAGAACCUCUGUGGCCUGAGUGAGGAAGCAUGUGUGAGCAAGGACACAGCCACCAUAACCAAGACUGGUCUGGAGUAUAAACGUGCUCCAUUUAAAGAGAAAGACCUGAACUGUGCUCCAAAAUUUACAACCCCGUUAGUGGACAGAUCCGUGGUCAUGGGUUACACUACUGCCAUCACCUGCUCAGUGAAAGCAUUUCCAAAGCCUAAGAUUAUCUGGAUGAAAAACAGAAUGAUAAUCGGUGAUGACCCAAAGUUCCUGAUGCAAAACAAUCAGGGAGUUUUGACACUGAACAUCCGCAAACCGAGUCUCUUUGACGGAGGAAAAUACAGCUGCAUGGCCGUUAAUGAGCUCGGACAAGACGAGGUGACAUGUUCACUCGAAGUCCGAGCUGUCCCUUUGGAAAAGAAGGACUAAAGGGGAGUACAAUGGACUAAAGUUGGGUGAAUGAAGGAAUGAAGAAUUAGUUUUAAAAUUAAAGACAUUACACCAAAUGAUGGAGGAGAAAAAUAAAUACAUUUCAUCAUGAAUUCA